AUGGCAUCAUCAGAUGAUGAAUUGUUUGGGGCCGGGUCUCCUACGGUCUCCAACUCAGAUUCGGACGCUGUAAAAGAAGAGACAAGUAGCAGUAAGAAGCGGAAAUUAAGCCGUGGGUCGACAACUAAGAGUAAGAACGAAAGCAAGAGCAAACAGGUCAAGCGCGCCGUCGGCAACGACGGUGAUGACAAGAAGCCUAAGUCGGCCUUUAUUGAAGACAUGGCAUCCGAAAGCGACGACGGAAAAGAUGAAGGGGCAGAUUCCGAUGACGAUGACGAAGAUGAAGAGGACGAAGGAGAGGAUCGCAAUGAGUACGAAAAUGAUGGCUUUGUUGUUGACGAUGAGGGAUCUGACGAGGAGGAGACUGCUCGCCAUCGCCGUCGACGUCGCAAAAAAGAAAAAAAACUGAAACGUCUUAAACAGAAGGUGAAGGAGAUUGACGACGAGGAUCUCAUGCUAGUACGUGAGAAUAUGGGCAUGGACACAGGUCCGACCCGUAAUGACAGCGAAGAUGAAGACAUGGGACGAUCGUCCCGUAAAGUAAAGUCCGAAGAUGAUUCUGGACUCAUGUCUCGCGAGCUAAGUUACCGGAUGUUCGGUGACUCGAGUGAAGAGGAAGAUAAUUCGGCACCUCAACGUACCAACAACUACUUAGGCAACGAUGAGUACGAAAGUGACGAUAUCGAUGAAUUCAUCGUGGAUGACGACGAAGAAGGGCGCGAGGGCCCACGUCGUCGCCGAAAACAGGAACCUAUUCCGACCUCUAUGCAAGGACCGUCAGUCUACCAGAUGGGGGAGGCAGAAGAAUUGUUUGGCGACAUGGACGGAUUCUUAGAGGCAACGGGAAAAAAUUCUGAAGUAACAGCAGCAAAAUCAAAAAAGGCUAUAUUAUUAGAUAAAUUUGAGCCUAGUGUAUUAAAGGAACACAUGAUGACUUCUGACGUAGCGGCAGUGCGCGACAGCGAUUUGCCAGAGCGGUAUCAGUAUCUUUACAAAAAUCGCGAAUAUCCGGAUGCAGAGGUUCGUGCCGAAGAAUCUGAAUGGAUAAGUGACUUCAUAAUUAAAAACCUAGAGCGACGAAAUCAGCGAAAUACAGCUGCUUCACGUGGGGAGAUUGUGUCGGCCAUUGACACUGUAUUGCGAUUUUACCAUGAUGAGAAGCUCGAACCAGCGUUUGUCCAACGUUACUGCAAGGAAUACUGGAAAGUGGUCGGCCUGCAUACAGAGAAUCUUUAUGAAAUCCUUGAUCUUGAUGUAAAGUGGGAUAAGUUGGAACGGAAGAGAAGGUCAUUUCAAAGCGGGAUUCAGAGGGUAGUUGACUCUUCGAAUGCUAAAGAAUCGGCAUUUGUGCGAAAGUGCUACGAACAGCUAUUUAGUACCCCUGAUGAAAAGAUAUACAAUGAUCUGUCGGAAUUUUUUGCGCUGGACGCUCAAGAAUCUACCGGUCAGGAUAAGGAAAGCUCAGAUCAAAAGUAUCGCCGCCCAGUGCGUCGAACAUUUUAUCAAAUAUGCACCAAGGCAGGUUUGCGCCCCGUAUCUCUGGCAUUUACGAUGAAUGCAUCCGUGCUUGGUGGAAUUGUUGCUGGUAUCGACCAUGAAGACUCUCUUCGUGAAAUUUUCACUCCAGAGGAGAGUCCAGGUGUGCUCGCUCAAAAAUACACAACUAAAGAAUUUCCGACUGUUGACGAUGUAAUGAAGGGCGCUCGCCACAUUGCUGCCAGUAAGGUUGCGGCUGAGCCAAACGUUAGAAAGUGCAUUCGUGAGCUCUAUCGUCAACACGCAGUCCUGAGCACAGAGGCAACUGUCAAGGGCCGCGAAGAAAUUGAUGAGUUUCACUACUGCCACGGCUUGCAAUACAUUGAAAAGAUGCCGGUUCUUGAAGUGUUCGAGGCGGGGGAUCUUUGGCUCAAGCUUUCUAGAGCCGAAAAGGAAGACCUUUUGACGAUCAAUAUUAUAAAUGAGAAGGCUCAAGAUUUGAUGGACCCUCUGGAGCCGAUCUAUUUAUCGUCAAAUAACGACUCGGAUGAGGAGUGGCAAAGUCAGCGCCAUCUCAUUCUUCAGGAAGCAAUUAAUAAUUUCAUGAUCAUAUCUUUUGAGAACGAGCUAAAGCGUGAUUUGACUGUGGCUUCUCGCGACGUGGUAGUGAAAUUGUGUGGAAAAGCGCUACGAGAACGUCUGUCCGUCCGUCCUUACGAACCUGCUGACGGGGUGGAUCCUUUCAUUGUCUCGAUUUGGGUCGAAAGUACCAUAAACUCUGUAGCACAUAUUGUGGCUCUUGAUGUGAAUGGGGAGUUGGUGGACAAAACGGAAGGUUAUUGUAAGCGCGAUGUUAAUAGCAUUGACAAGCUCACUGCAGUCCUUGUAAAGUUUUUAACAGAGCACUCGCAAACUCAUGUCGUCGUGAUCAAUGUUUCGGCGGGAAUGAAGUGUAUGGACAUGGGUGGAGUUGUUGAUGAAGUACGUCGUCUGUUGGGGCGAGAUGAUGCUUCUCGUUUUGGAAACGGAGAUGGGCAUGAUUUUCUGGACAUCGUGUUUUUGAAAGAUGACGUGCCAAACAUGUUUAGUCGCUCCAAACGCGCAGAUCAGGAAUUUCCCGAGGAAUCUGAGUACGUGCGUGCCGCGAUUGGUCUUGGUCGCUAUCUCAGAAAUCCGGCGUCUGAAUUAUGUGCAAUGUGGGAAAAUAUCGCAAUUGAUGAGCCAAGUCGUGGUCGUGAGCUCUUGUUUCUAAAUGUCCACAUGAUGCAGCACUCAUUAGUAAAAGAUCUUCUUCUGAGAGAGUAUGAUCGUGUCUUUGUGCAAGUAAUCAACAAGUACGGCGUUGACAUUAAUCUUUUAGCAAAUCAUAAGCAUACCUCGUACCAGCUGCAGUUUAUUUGCGGAUUGGGUCCAGUUAAAGCAGCGUCGGUUCUGGAUAAAGUUCGUGCAAAGGACUACGUCGAGCGUCGUCAAGAGUUGCUGUCGAAGGGUUUUGUGGGGAAAAUUGUCUAUCGCAACUGUGCUGGUUUUAUUCGUAUUCGCGAGCGUGAUGCCUUGCGUGAAGCCCCUUUAAAUCCGCUAGAUGAUACACGUAUUCAUCCAGAGAGCUACUACAUGGCAGUAAAGAUCUGUGGUGAUGCGAACAACAACUCCACGAUCGAUAUGUACGACCCAAACCACUACUCCUACGCAGUCGAAGACACAAUGUAUCAAUCAGCAUCAGCAAUCCGCAGUCGAAAUGCGCCUUCCAACACUCGUCUCGGUGAUGCAGAAAUUCAGGAUGUGUUGUCUGAGCUUGAUCUAUCUGCCUACGCUGGUCGUCUAGAGCUUCAAAAGAAGGGACCCAAGUUGCUGACGCUUGAAUACAUCAAGCGAGAGCUACGAUACCCUUACUUUGAUAAGCGAGCAAAGUAUCAGGUGCCUAAAGACGAAGAUCUGUUUCUUUUGCUGAGCGGUGAGACUCGAGAGACAUUACGAGUGGGAAUGAUCGUACCUGCAACUCUACUGCACAUGUCAGGCGAUGAAUUUGUUCGUGUUCGUUUGCAGAGCGGCAUGCGCUCCAGCUUAAAGCGUGAGCAACUGCCCGAUUAUCUGCAAGACGUGCGCCCACAGAGCUUUCCAAAAGGCAUUACGGUUAAUGCUAAAAUUUUGGCAAUUCAAGCGGAUCGUGAAGGUCGCUAUGAGCUGCAGCUUGGCUGUAACCGCCGAUCGUUGAUCAACAUGUCAAUGUGCUUUUAUCCUGAACGUUUCCCUCGAUACACGAACGAAAAACUUGUUGAAAAUGAUAGCAUGGAGCGCGUAGACCGAUUAUUGAAUGAGCCUCCAAUCGAGGAAGACAAGACGACAUUUACCCAAUCUACUCGCUCUGCAGGCUCGCUUCCUUCAAAACGCAAGAAACGUCAGAUUGCUCACCCUUUAUUCCGGAAUAUUAAUUGUCAAACAGCGAUGCAGUACCUGCGAGAACAGCCUAUCGGAGAUGUGGUUAUUCGCCCAGGUACUGUGGGGUCUGAUCAUUUGACACUUACAUGGAAGAUGCUGGAUGGUGUCUAUAGGCACUUUGAUAUACAAGAAAAAAACAAACCCUCGGAAGCUCGCAUCGGCCAGACCCUGAUCAUAAAGGAAGAAGUUUAUGAAAACAUUGAUGAGCUGAUUGCUCGCUUUGUGGACCCUAUGAAUUGUCUGGUGGAGGAUGUUGUGCGCCACAAGUACUACAAUAAUGCACCGAGGGAGAGUGUUGAAGAGGAGCUCAUCAAGCAGAAGAAGGAGCACCCGUCGCGCAUUCCUUACGCUCUGCACGUGUACAACAAGUUUCCAGGCUGCUUUUCAAUCACGUAUAUUGCUCGUGAAACGCCUCGCAGUUGCCACAUGGAAGUCAAAUCCGGAGGCUACCGUUUCUUUGGUCGUAUUGAGUCUUCCAUUUUGCCGACGCUAUCACAGGCGCUUCAGUUUUUUAAAGUGAAAGCAUUAGUUGGUCCAGCGUCAAAUUCGUUGCGUCCUAGUUCCUACCGCCGCAACGACAGUAGUAGCGGACCGUUCGCUCAACGUUCAAGUCCACCUUAUUCUGAAAGUAGCAGCCGACCUCGCCCGCCUUCACGCUGGGGUGAUCGUCGUGGAGGCGAUGGUGGCGGUCGUCGUUGGUAA